AUAUGGUGACGUUGUUAUUGUUGUUGUGCCGACAACACUAUAGGUAUACUUGCAAGCUUAAAGAAAGCAAUUAUAUUAUAUACAAUAUAAUAAAUAUACGUAUUCACGUAAAAACAGCUUUUCUAAAUAUAAUAUACAGUGAAAAAAAAUCUGCCUUAGUAACGUUAAUAUUCAGAUUUGUUCUCUAAAUGUCAACUCUUUUUUAAAUUCUUUAUAAUAAGCAUAAUAUUAAAAGAGGAAUACAUAAUUUAAAACUAUUUUUACAUAAAAAUAUUAGAUAUUAUCAUCUGACUCGAUUUCGAACCUUGGAAUAAACAAUAGACUGACAAUAUGACGGAAAAAAAUGGCAAUCUAAUAAUGGCUGAAUCUCUAAAGGAACAGGGAAUAAAAUACGUUUUCGGUAUAAUGGGUCAUCCGGUAAUUGAACUGGCUUUAAACAUACAGUCAGUGGGUAUUGAGUAUUUAGGUUUCAGGAAUGAACAAGCAGCGUGUUAUGCCGCUCAGGCAUAUGGCUAUUUGACAAGGAAACCAGCGGCUGUUUUAUGCGUGUCGGGACCUGGACUACUACAUGUUAUUGGUGGUAUGGCGAAUGCACAAAUUAACUGUUGGCCACUUUUAGUGUUGGGCGGAUCGUGCCCAACUGAUCAUGAAGGAAUUGGUGGAUUUCAAGAAUGCCCGCAAGUUGAAGCAUGUCGUCUCUAUUGUAAAUACGCAGCACGACCUCCAACUGCAAAUUUAAUACCCUCACAUGUUGAAAAGGCAGUGAGACUUGCAACGUAUGGUAGACCAGGUGCGGCAUAUAUCGACUUACCUGCCACUCUACUUCAACAGAAAGUUAAUGAGCAGAGUAUCAUGAAAAUUCCACAGUGCCCACCACCUCCUCUUAUUUAUCCUCAAUUCGAAUUAAUUGAGAAAGCUGCUGCUUUAAUUAUUGCUGCUAGAAAACCUCUAGUAAUAAUCGGCAAAGGAGCUGCUUAUAGCCAUUCCGAAAAGCAGAUACAGGAAUUAAUUUCCUCAACUGGUUUACCAUUUCUCCCUACUCCAAUGGGUAAGGGAGUCGUACCAGACGAAGACAUACAUUGUGUAUCAAGUGCCAGGACAGCUGUUUUACAAAAUUGUGAUGUGAUAUUGCUGUUGGGUGCUAGAUUGAAUUGGAUGUUACACUUUGGUCGUCCACCAAGGUUUCAAAGUGAUGUUCAAAUUAUUCAGAUAGAUAUUUGCGCAGAAGAAUUACAUAAUUCAGUUCCAGGAAGUGUGGCUAUUCAAUCUGAUAUUAUUCCAGCUGUCAAAGAGCUUACCAGUCUACUUAAGAGAAAAAAUUAUUGUAUGAGUAAGAGCAAUCCUUGGUGGAGGAAACUUAUUUUGUUUAGUGAAAAAAAUCGAGAAGUUAUUCACAAAUUAUCUUUGGACACUUCGGUACCCUUGAACUAUUAUACAGUCUUCAGAGAAAUUCAAAAUAUGCUGCCGAAAGAUAGUAUAAUUUGUUCAGAGGGGGCCAAUACCAUGGACAUCGGUCGAACAAUGCUGCUCAAUAAUUUACCAAGGCACAGAUUAGAUGCUGGAACUUUUGGCACUAUGGGAGUUGGUCUAGGUUACGCAAUAGCUGCUGCUCUUUAUUGCAAAGACAGUGCUCCUCAUAAGAAAGUUAUUUGCAUUGAAGGAGAUAGUGCUUUUGGUUUUUCUGGUAUGGAGGUAGAGACUAUGUAUAGAUAUAAACUGCCAAUUAUCAUUAUUGUGAUAAAUAAUAAUGGAAUUUACGGUGGAUUGGACACUGAAACUUUCCGUCAAAUUCAGCAAAGUGGAGCACCGACACAAGUAAUUCCACCGUUCGCAUUGACUUGCGAAGUGCAUUACGAGAAAAUAAUGGAAAUGUUUGGGAAACAGGGUCACUACUGCACUACAGUUGAACAGAUUCAGAAAUCUUUGAAUUAUGCAUUACAACUUAAAAAUGAACCAUCAUUAAUCAAUAUUAUGAUUAAUCCUCAGGCUGACAGAAAAGAACAAAAAUUUAAUUGGUUAACUGAAUCAAAGCUUUAAAAUUUAUUUUUCUUACAUAUAAAUUAUGUAUAAUAGAAAACUAAAUAUAUAAUAUAUAUUUUGAAAAAUAUAUUCUUACCGUUAAGAAGAAACUAUUUUCAGAGUAAAUAAUUAUUGGAAUUUUAAAAAGAUCAGUUUUAUUUUAAUCUACUAUUAUUCGUUUCUAUUUCCAAUUGUAUUAUAUCAAGUGGUUUUAUUUGUGAAGAAACAGCUUUUGUAAGCAGGUAAAAAUAAAAAAAUGUUAUGUUUUAA